AUGGCAAUGGUCCCCAUGGGAACGCUUAAGGAAUGGCAUCAGGAGACGAGUCGUGAUCUUCGUGAUCAUGUUGUUGGGAGACUGGCCAAGACGAUCUUCUUAUCGCUGGGUCCAAUUGUCACCGACAAUCAGCGGAUUCGUGACGCCAUCAAUACUGCUCAAAAAGUGGAAACGGCCACGUUCGAGUUAGCUAACGAUAAAAAGAAUUCUGGACUUCGAGUUGAUGGAGGUGUCGGUGUUGCUGCCGGUGGUUGUAGAGCUGGAAAGCCACGGCUACAGCAGAAGCGGCGCAGCGGUUGUUCAGAAUGUGAGGCUCUAGAGAUUUAG